GACGACCAUGUCGGGCUGUACGAGACACAAGAAGCAGGCAUUUGAUGUGCCAAAGUCGAUGUAAAGUAGGGUAAGAGUCCUUUCACUGUUUUUAUUCUCUGAAAGAUGGACAUGCUGCUCAUGGGAACACGACGUUGUAAAAUAAAACAUGGAGGAUGAUGAAUUUCCGCCAGCGGAUGGGAUGGCUGGGCGUGGCGCUCUACUUGCUUGCGAGUCUGCUUGCUGUCUAUUACAUCUUUGACGUCCAGCGCUUCAGGUUGGAGCACGUGCAGAGUGCUGAGAUCCGGCCGUCCUCUUUGCCCAGUCCAAGCAUCCAUGCUAGCCUAACAGCACUUCCCGUGUGGAUCUGGGUGGCGGCCAUCUUGCUCCCCUACAUGCAACUUUUCCUCUUCCUCUUCUCCUGCACGAGGGCAAAUCCUCGCGCCAUCGGAUACUGCGUCCUACCCAUCUGCCUCUCGCUGCUCUGCAAGCCAUCCAAUCACAGCAGCCCACCACUGAUUGACACAUGACUGAGCCCCACCGAAACAUCUGUAUGGACACUUUAUUAGACAUGUAGUGACACGCGACGUGAGAUGCUUUGUCACAUUUACACCAUUUAAACAUCUGAGGAGCCGUGGGCCCCCAGGUAGUGAUGUGAGACCACAUCUGGUCUUACCUAAUCAUGCUGGAAUUGAUUAGGACUCAUCUGAUUUCAUUUGAUGAUCUCCUGUGUUCAAUAUUAAUUUAAUCACACAAAUAAAAUGAGGAUAAAAGACAGUAACAUGAGACACUAUUGACUCGUCCAAGAUUCAUUUUUUUAUUUACAGCAUGAUUGUGGGACACAGAAAUGACAGUGGAAGAUGUCUGUCAGCUAAAAAGUGUUUAGCGCUUGUCAGCUGCUACAUUUUGGAUCUUUUAGCAGAUGGUGGAAGGCCUGAGUUUUGAUGUUUCUCUGCCUCGUCAUCAUCUUCGUCACUAUCUUCAUCUUCUGCAGCAGGAAGAAUGUGUCACGUCAGGCAUGAUGUUUAACACAUUAAAGUCAUCCAAAAUAA